AUGGAUGUCAUGGAUGCCGCCGUGGACACCAUGAGCAACCGACCGGGCCCGAAGCUUGUUAGCACCACCGUCGGCGUCGUGGAUAGCCCAACACCACCAUCAGCACCACCAUACUCAACUAGCCCCUCCGACGACGCUUCCGCUGCCGACUUUUCCUCUUCUCCUCGCCGUUCUCACAUUCAUGCUCCUUAUCUUGGUUUUGGCCAAUCCCUGUCCCAUCACUAUAGCCAAUCCCAUCCUCCCAGGUCCUCUCGCAUCCUCUCGACGUCGUCGCCCCUCGCCAAUUCCUCCUCCAUCUCUGCUGCAGGAACAACCAAGGGUCACUGUGCCGAGCCGGACACGGCAGAGACCCACGCCCGUCGUGCAAGCUUCUCUGUUCCCUCACACAUCUCGACUUCAGCGGCGGCCGUCAAAAACCUUCACUCUCUCCCGCUGCGCACCCGCCGCGAGUCCAUGACCUCUGACGUCUGCGUUGAGGAUCUGGCGCUGGCCGACUCCCAGCUUGCCCUUGCCGAAGACCCCCACCAGAACCAGAACCAGAACCAGCAGCGGAACCUGAACCGCCUGCCCACCGCCAGCGACAGCUCCAACUCGAACUACACCGUCUCGUCUGAACCUUCCGGUGCCAUCAACAACCGCCUAUCUUCCUCCUCGGAUCCUCAGUCCAGGAGACUCUCAGGAAACUCGCUCUAUUCUCUUGCAUCUGCUCGAGGCGUCCUCAGCGGCUCUUCGUCUGCUCAUGGGUCAGAGCUGGGAACACCUCCACGAUCUGUACCUGGCAUUCUGUCAACAGGCAAAGGAAUAACACCGUCUCAGUCUGAGCCUGGCAUCUCCAACGUGACAGUCACCACCUCGUCCACUGCUCAGCAAGGCCACUCGGUCGUGGGACAUCACCAUCAACAUCACCUGGUCCCGAGGGAUCUCCAUUCACAGCCACUUGACUUUACCAAGCGAGCCAUCCGCGACAACAUGCAGAACAGCACUUCGAAUUUGCGCUCCAUGCCCGACCGCUCCCGCAGUCGUGCCAAGAGGCGCUUUAGCGGAAGCACUGCGACAAGUAGCCACAGCCCAAGUAGCGAUCGGGGUCCCCACCAUCGGGAAAGGGAGGAGGUGAAACCAGCUCGAUGGGGAGUCAUUGGUGUGUGCGCCCUUGACGUCAAGGCGCGGAGCAAGCCCAGCAGAAACAUCUUGAACCGGCUGAUUGCCAAUCGCGAGUUUGACGUGAUUGUUUUUGGCGACAAGGUGAUUCUCGACGAAGAGGUUGAGAAUUGGCCCAUCUGCGACUACCUCAUUUCUUUCUAUUCAGAUGGUUUCCCACUCGACAAGGCAAUUGCCUAUGUCAAGGCGAGAAAGCCAUUUUGUGUUAAUGAUGUUCCCAUGCAGCAGAUCCUGUGGGAUCGCCGUCUCUGCCUGCACCUGCUCGACAAGAUCAACGUACGAACACCAAAGCGAAUCGAAGUCAGUCGUGAUGGCGGUCCCCAGAUUCUCACUCCAGAAAUGGUCAAGCACAUCAAGGAUGUUUCAGGUGUUUCCUUUGAGCCAAUUGACCCUGCCAAGGUUCCUGCACCUCAGAAAGUCGAGUUGAUCGAAGACGGGGAUGCUCUGAGCGUGGAUGGUGCAAUCCUGAGGAAGCCAUUCGUCGAGAAACCAACAAGCGGCGAGGAUCACAACAUUAUCAUCUACUUCCCAAAGAGCGCUGGUGGAGGUGCUAGGAAACUUUUCCGAAAGAUUGGAAACAAGAGUUCCGACUAUAUACAAGAUCUAACCAUUCCCAGAGCAAUCACCGAACCCGACAGCAGCUACAUCUACGAGAGCUUCAUGCAGGUUGACAAUGCCGAAGAUGUCAAGGCUUACACUGUCGGCCCCGCGUAUUGCCAUGCCGAGACACGAAAGAGCCCUGUUGUGGAUGGCGUCGUACGGAGAAACACGCACGGUAAAGAGCUGCGCUACGUCACGGCUCUGGAUACGAAAGAGAGGGAAAUGGCCAGUAGGAUCUCUACAGCGUUUGGACAGAGAGUUUGUGGCUUCGACUUGCUGCGAGCGUCAGGGAAGAGCUAUGUCAUCGACGUCAACGGCUGGAGCUUUGUCAAGGACAACGACGACUACUACGACCAUUGCUCCGGUAUUCUCAAAGACCUCUUUGUUAAGGAAAAGCUCAGGCGUGGAGGCGUCACUCCGCCAAUGCCAUCGCCUGCCCCGUCAGAUAACACCGACCCCUUUACUCGAGCAGCCAACGCAUUCAAGGAUCGUGAGCAAACAAGUUUGCCUGGCACUGGCGGGGUUAGGACAAGCAUAAACUCCAUGUCGAACGCUACGGAUUCACAACCCGACGACUCUUUCCGCCGUGUUCCCAGCGGAACUGCUACUCCUCUGAUACUAGACAGCACUCUGCCCUCCAAAUCCCACAGCUCUGCGGCGACACCACUCAUUCCAUCGGUCCCUGCUGAUCUGAGUUUGUCUGGCAGCUCUUCGGCACCGCCACAGACACAACAAAGUGCCAUAUCGGAUGCUCCAUCAGAGCAGCCGAGCACCGCGCCCGAGCCGCCCCUCCCAACACACUCUUGGAAGUUGAAGGGUAUAGUCUCCGUGAUACGGCACGCGGAUCGGACACCCAAGCAAAAGUACAAGUUCACAUUCCAUUCAGAGCCCUUUAUUGCUCUCCUGAAGGGGCACCAGGAAGAGGUUUUGCUCAUUGGCGAAGCUGCGUUGGGGAGCGUUGUACAAGCAGUGGAUUUGGCAUACGAACAAAACAUUGAGGAUCGUGGCAAACUCCGGGCUCUUCGAAAUGUGCUCGUCAAGAAGGGAAGUUGGCCAGGCACCAAGGUCCAGAUCAAGCCCAUGUUCCGGAAAAAGAAGACGGAGGUGGUACCAGCCGUUGAGGAAGUGCCUGUGCCUAAAGAAAACAAGGAACCCAGUCCUACGGGACAAGAAGGCGAAGCAUCGCUGGAGGACGAACCCUACCGGAGCCCAAGGCGGCAUGAUUCUCUCUCGGGUGUCACAAUGUCCAAGUUUACAGCUGCUGAAGAAAGCCUGGUUCUGGACAAGCUACAACUCAUUGUCAAAUGGGGAGGAGAGCCGACGCACUCGGCCCGAUACCAAUCCCAAGAACUUGGCGAGAACAUGCGCAACGAUCUCAUGCUCAUGAACAGGGACAUUCUGGACGAGGUUCACGUGUUCAGCAGCUCCGAGCGGCGCGUGACCACGAGCGCACAGAUCUGGUCUGCCUCGUUCCUAGGCAAGAAGGACGUCCCUGAGGACUUCAUCACGAUCCGCAAGGACCUGCUGGACGACUCGAAUGCGGCAAAGGACGAAAUGGACAAGGUCAAGAAGAAGCUCAAGGGCCUAUUGCGAAAGGGCAACGAACGGCCGGCCCAGUUUGCCUGGCCAGACAACAUGCCCGAGCCUUCCGAGGUGCAGACAAGAGUCGUGCAGCUGAUGAACUUCCAUCGGCGUGUGAUGCAGUACAACUACGGCAAAUUGUACAGCGGCGCUGUCACAUCGCUCAAUGCCAUCUCAAACCCGAGUACCGAGAGGCUAUCGGGUGAAAACUCGAACUCGUCGAUCGCGUCGUCGCUCUCACAUGCAAAUACGGUCGGCCAGAUCCAGGCGCGGUGGUGCUGUGGCGAAGACGCGGAGCUGUUCCGAGAACGCUGGGAAAAGCUCUUUUCAGAGUUCUGCGAUGGCGACAAGGUUGACCCGAGCAAGAUCUCGGAACUCUACGACACCAUGAAGUUCGAUGCCCUGCACAACCGUCAGUUCCUCGAAUGGGUGUACACACCACCCAACCACAUGCUUGACGAGUACUCAGCCUCCGGCACAAGCAACACCCCCAACGGUGCUAAUGGCACCAAGGACGGAAAAGCAAAGUCGGCGGAGGAUGGUAAGUCCUCGGAAGACGCCAAGGUUGACAAGAACCCAUCGCCCGAUGGCUCGGACAAGGUGGAGGCCGGCAGCCGGUCUGCCUCGGUUAAGAAGCUCUUCAGAAGACGAUCGUUCCUUAACAACUUGCGACACUUCAAUGAGGAGGCGCCGCCGGAGCAGUACUUCCGGCUUUACAAGGGAACGAACCAGGCCGCGUCCAAGCCGGACGCACGCAACGAGCCGCUUCAGGAGCUUUACCGACUAGCCAAGGUCCUGUUCGACUUCAUCUGCCCUCAGGAGUAUGGCAUCUCGGACAGCGAAAAGCUCGAGAUUGGCCUGCUGACGUCGCUGCCCCUGCUCAAGGAGAUCGUUCAGGACCUCGAGGAAAUGCAGGCGUCGGACGACGCCAAGUCCUUCUUCUACUUUACCAAGGAAUCCCACAUCUACACGCUGCUCAACUGCAUCAUCGAGGGAGGAGUCGAGACUAAAAUCAAGCGCAGCACCAUCCCUGAGCUUGACUACCUCUCGCAGAUCUGCUUCGAGCUCUACGAGGCAGAAAUGAAGACAACGGGCGAGGGAGCGUCACCUCAUGACGAGCCCACCUUCACGUAUAGCAUCCGAAUUACCAUUAGCCCGGGCUGCCACGUCUUUGACCCCCUGCACGUGCAGCUUGACAGCCGACAUUGCAUUGGCUUUGCCCCUAGGCGAAGCUUGACACCCCACGCCGACUGGUUGCAGGUCAUCAAGACCUUGCGAGCCAAGUUCAAUCAGGUCAAGUUACCAAAGACGUUCCUGGCGGUGAAUCUGUCGGAUGCCUUCACAUUUGAAGAGCUAGAACGGCAAGGGAGCGACAACGAUGUGCUGGAGAUGAAGGCUGCGCCGCCCAAGGAUCUCCUGACUGAUAGGCAAGAGCCAGACGAUGAGGAUGGUAGGAAGGAUCUCGCAACCGGGGCUGGCGAGGUGAUUGUUUCCUAG